AUGAAGGUGACCUCGGCCACAUGGGUGGCCUCCUCGGUGUCGGCGCUCACGCUCGCCCUUUGCCUCUUGGCUAUGAGCCAGAUCUACUCUGAGGUCAACUCCAUGCAAGAGCUCCUCGACUCCGAGUUAGCCAGCUUCAAGGCCAACACCAACGGCAUGUGGAAGGACAUCGUCGUGAUGAGCUCGGCGAACAAGAGGACGAGGCGCCAGGCUUACCCCGACAGCAGCGAGGACAGAGGAUACCCGGAGACGAACUCGUCCCCCGGAAUCCCGCCCAACCAGCCCCCGGCCGUGCCGCCCGUCUUCACCAAGGAGUCGACCCCCGACUCCCCCGGCGCCACUUGCGCCCUCGGCCGCCCCGGUCCUCGCGGAAUGAAGGGAAUCGACGGUCACUCCGGAAUGCCUGCCCGCGACGGAGAGCCCGGACUUCCCGGAGACCAAGGACCUCCCGGACCUACCGGACCUCCUGGAGACUCUGGGCCUCCCGGAGACAAGGGAGCCGAUGGACAGCGACCGAUCGGACGGCCCGGACCGAAGGGACCAUCUGGACUCCCUGGACACCCCGGACCCCAGGGAACCAGCGGACUCCAUGGACCUCGCGGAUCGCCCGGACCCGCCGGACCCCAGGGACCCCAGGGACCACCUGGACCUGCUGGCCCCGAAGGAGACGAGGGACCCGAGGGAGAGCUCGGACGCGUCGGCGAGGACGCCGAGUACUGCGCGUGCCCCAACCGUGUCGAGGACGCCCCCGUCCAGGCCGGAAAGUACCACCUUGGAGUC